AUGGAAGGCAGCUCGGCUCCCCCUGCAGAUGUCGCAGGUCCAACUGGAGACGCCGCGCCUCCCGUCCAGUCUAACGUGCACUCUCACGCCGUCCAUCACGAUCAGGGCACCACCACCCCGGACGAUAAAUCGGCCUCCUCUUCCACUCGUCGUGUGCACAUCACUCCUCGUCCAACCUUCAUGGAGAACCUAGCCAACUCUCGUGACUCCCAGUUCAUGCUGGACCGUCGAAAUUCCAGCGAGAUCGACCGUUACUUUCACGGUCCUCGCGAUCUCGACAAACACUCAAAAUGGCCCAUCUUUCUUCGAAUGCACGGCAGUGUCUUGCCGAAGUUGAUUCUUCCCCUGACGUUUGUCGCCGCCUGGUCGACUGUCAUCACCUGCAUCGCCAAGUUUGUCCAUGAUAUUGGAAUCAACAACAUUCUGCUCACGGUCACCGGUUUCGUGGUCGGUCUGGCUCUCUCCUUCAGAAGUUCAACUGCGUACGAGAGAUGGGCCGACGGCCGAAAGUAUUGGUCACUUCUCAUUCAGACCUCCCGCAAUCUCGCCCGUACAAUCUGGGUCAACACCGCAGAGCGAGAGGGAGAGCUCGGAAAGGAGGAUUUGCUGGCAAAACUCACGGGCAUGAACCUCAUUCUGGCCUUUGCCAUCUCCCUUAAGCAUAAGCUCCGAUUCGAACCCGACGUGGCUUAUGAAGAUCUUGCGGGUCUCGUAGCCUACCUCGACACCUUCGCCAAAGAAGCUCAUGAUCGCGAGCACUUGAAGCCUCCCAAGAAGUCUCUGUGGAAAUCGGCCGGUGAAUACUUGGGCGUCUCAUUCGCCGAAUCUAACCCCAGGAAAUUGAUCAAGCGGUCCAAGAAGCCCUUGGGACAUUUGCCUUUGGAAAUCCUGAACCAUCUUUCCGCAUACGUCGACAGAUGCAUUGCGAACGAGACCAUGUCUGUUAGCCUUCAUCAGGGCCAAGCCAUCGCUGCGCUGUCUACCUUGAAUGAAGUCGUCACCGGCACCGAGCGCGUUUUGGACACCCCUCUGCCCGUCGCGUAUAGCAUUGCCAUCUCCCAGAUCUCCUGGCUCUAUGUUUUGGCUCUGCCCUUCCAGCUGUACGACACGCUACAAUGGGUCACCAUUCCUGGAUCUAUCAUUGCCGCGUAUAUCAUCCUCGGUCUUGCCACUAUUGGCAGUGAAAUCGAGAACCCCUUCGGCCACGAUGUUAACGACUUGCCUUUGGACACGUAUUGCCGACAGAUCGCCCUAGAACUGGAUAUUAUUACCGCCAUGCCGGCGCCCAAGAUGGACGAGUUCGGCACUCGUGACGACAACCUUGUGCUCUUCCCUCUCAGCGCCUCCGGAUAUCCCGACUGGAAGAACCGCAGCGUUGACGACAUCCGUGCUGCGUUGAAAGCCAAGGUGGUCGCCAACACCCCUGAGACGGCGUAUUCCGAUGCGUCUACCGUCGUGCCCAGUGUUGGCAGCACCAAAAGCAAGCAAUCGGUCUAG